CAAAUGUAAACCAAAACAUUGCGUAUCAGCUGUCAACAGCACAUGUUGGCACCUCUGGUGCUCGAUUGAGUUUUAGAUCUGAAGGAAGGAUUGAUUUCCUUUUAGUGAAUUAUUAGCUGUAUAUAACAGGAAAAAGCCUAGUUAUGCGGGAAAAUACUCCACCGAGAUCACCGUAUUCUCUGAAUGACGAUGAUGGCGAUGACGACGAACUGAUUUACGUUGGAGAUGCCGAUGAAGUGCUGGACCAGUGGAUGGCAGAAGAGGAAGCUGACAUGGGGGAAGAAGAGGCUGGUAUCGCGGAUGACGAGGACGAACCGGAAGAUGUGUAUAUCCCCGAGCGAGACGAUGCAAAGCUUACAUUCAGCAAGCACACCGGGCCAGUAUUUUGUGUCGCAUUACAUCCCACGGAAAAUAUUGCGAUCACCGGCGGAGAAGAUGAUAAGGCGUACGUGUGGAAUACCGAAACCGGCGAAACGAUAUUUGAGGUCACGGGACACACAGAUUCGGUGAUUGCAUGCGAGUUUAGUUAUGAUGGUGUUUAUGUAGCCACCGGAGAUAUGGCGGGAAUGAUUCAAAUAUUUAAAACCACCCAGGAGUACAAGAAGGUGUGGGAUUUCACAAUGGGUGAUAUGUGCUGGAUGAGGUGGCACUUUGGAGCGCAUGUGAUGCUGGCGGGGGGAGAUACCGGCGAGAUAUACGUGUGGCGAAUUCCAUCGGGUGAUUGCAAAGUGUUGCAGGGUUUUGGAGAGAAAUGUGAAGUGGCAAGGCUAUCACAUGAUGGGAAAAGGAUAGCGGCUGGUUAUGGAAAUGGUGCCUUCAAAAUUUGGGAUAUCAAAAGUAACGCUGCUACACUGGAAGUGGCCCCGAAUGAAGCCACUGGUCACAAUUCCAAUAUUACUUGUAUGUCGAUUGAUAGAGAAAGUCAACUGAUAAUCACUGGCAGUGAAGGGGGUAGUGUUCUAAUAAUUGGCCCUUCUGGACCAGUUGGACAGCUGUCGUCUGAUAAAGGCCCCAUCGAAUCCGUCUUAAUUGACUGUCCACAGUUUGAGGUGAAAGUAGCAGCGACCGGUACGCUAAGCGGGAAGGUAACCAUUUGGGACAUUGCCAGACAAGUGGCCCGCGUCGAGUGCGAAGACAACCACCGAACAGGGAUUACAAAAAUGCUGUGGGGUAAAGACUGCACUUUGAUAGCCGGCACGCUUGGAGGUGUGAUUAAAGUUUGGGACGUUCGAAGUGGUGCCUUGAAAUGCGAUCUACUUGGGCAUCGGAAUGAUAUUCAUGAUCUUUUCUAUGACAGCAAAAAAAAUAUUCUGCUUUCCUCGUCAGAGGAUGGCACAGCUAAAAUUUUCCAAUUAUCUUAGUUUGAAAACAGGCGAAAGCGUAAACGCCGAUUGUUAAACGCGUAAAUAUAUGUACAUUAUUUACAAACCUCAUUCAUUUGAAAAUUUACGUUGUAUGUUUCUUAACAAUAAGGAAAUAAACGCAUUUUUUUAAAUCAUGAAUAA